UGGUUCCGAGUGAGCCUAGUCAUCCCACCGGCCUUCGGUACACAUCAUCAGCGCCUUUUAUACUGGUGCACCAUUCCGACACGUAUGGAGACGGUAAUAGUGGCCGCGUUUUAUCUCCUUACGACAUAUUUGUCUGUGUCACACUAUCGCCUGAUAUCUAACAACAUAUACUGGGAUGAUGAGUCUCAACAACUCUGGCGGUACGUCGCCGAUCGUACAGGCAUAAUGUCUUACGCGACGCUCCCUUGGAUCUGGAUCUUUGCUGGCAGAAACAAUGUGUUCAUGUGGGCGACUGGACUUUCUCAUCAAGCUUUCAACAUCUAUCACAGGCAUGUCGCUAGAGCUGGUACAGUACUCGCCAUUGUACAUUCUGUCGUUUACACCUGGCUAUUCGUUGAGUUUGGGAUGGGGGAUGUUCAGCAGAGAGUUCACUCAGCUUUGGCUCCUGAUAGGCGUUGUGGCGACGAUCACUAUGAGCUUGCUUCUACUGUUCUCGGUUUCCUGGCUGCGUGUUAAGUUUUAUGAAGCUUUUCUGGUCCUUCAUAUUGCCCUUUCAGUCAUUACAUUGGCUGGAUGCUUUCUGCAUACCUCGAUCUUCAAUGCCAGAUACGAUGCAUAUCUCUGGCCCAUCGUAGUAGUAUGGAUCCUAGACCGCGGUCUUCGGCUGUUACGCCUUGUAUGCUGCAAUCUACAAGUACGGUUGAGCAAGAACUUGAUACGUCGUAUACAUACCGUCGCUUUUUAUAGCAAAGAGUCUGAUGUCAUCAGGCUCGAUGUCCAAGCCGACUCUUUCCUCGCACGGCCAGUAGCCGGACAAUUUUACUACCUAUAUCAGCCGUCGACAUGGCAGGGUUACGAGAAUCAUCCAUUCACCUUGGGAGCUUGGUCUCGUAAAGGCGACACGUCAGAUGACGUUCAGAGUUCUCUGCUUCAGUAUGCCAAUGCAUCAGACAUUCAAGACGAAGGGGAAGGACAGUCGACUCUCGGUCAGCUGCACAGAUCAGGAGGCUACACCUUGACGUUCUGGAUCCGACCUUACGAUGGCUGGACCAAGCGUCUGCGAGACGAAUGCCUGAAGUCGUGCGAUCGACCGAUCACUCCAACAAUCCUACUCGAAGGUCCAUAUGGCCAUCACUGUCGUAUAUCGUCCUUUGAUACGGUCUUAUUGAUUGCUGGUGGUACUGGUAUAGCAUCUGCGGUACCAUAUAUCCUCGAACACAUCGCGCUAUCUGGAGCGCUGAAGACGGAUACGACACGCAUGCACUUGGUUUGGACAGUGCGACAAGCAUCGUUUAUUCAAGAAGUGUUCUCGCGAGAGCUUCGCGCUGCAUCGCAACGAGAUGAUUUCUCAUCUGAUCUCUUUUUUACGCGGCGUAGCGAGGGAACAAAGCCCGAAGACGACGUAUCGAACGACGGAGAACAAGAGGGGACUUCUCCAGGGAUGCAAUAUGGACGACCGGACAUUGCAGUCACAAUCGCAAAAGCUGGGAUCAAAGCAGAGGUGACAAGCACGAGAUUGGCUGUGUUAGUUUGCGGCCCGCCUGCUAUGGCCGACGAGGCUCGGAGCGCGGUUCAUCGCUCACUAAAACGUGGGUGCCACAACAUGGAGUACUUCGAAGAGUCAUUCGGAUGGUAGGACUGGCGUUGUGGUAUUUGUACAAUUGAGGUAAUGGGUUAUUUAUCGCGCCUUUGCUUGUCCUUAUUUUACCAACUAA